AUGAGAGUCUUCACGCGCGGUGGUCGCAGGAGUAUCAUUUCCCCUCGCGGUGAGGUCAACGUCCACAGGCUGAUCCCUCGUGGAACCAAGGUACAGACCUUGUUCACCAUUGGUUACGGUGGUAAGGAGCCUCUGUGUUUCGACACCAACGUUGGUGUUACUAUCAUAUCUAUCUUGGGUAUGAUAAUGCACACUGCUCUUACUGGCAUUGUCUUUACCAAAUUCACGCUAGACAGUAGGAAUGUCAAGCAUUGA